AAGCACCUCCAGAGAGUCGGGACUCGAACCCUAAAAUCUAGGCUGAAUGUAUCCUUGGGCUCAUAAACCCAUAAAGGUUCACUGGACGGCCAGCAGCAAAUGGAUCAAACUACACCUUUUUAAUGAAACAACACGGGAGACGAACUGUCAGUCUCAGUUGUCGGUGAGGCAGGCGGGGCGGAUCCCACAUAGAGUAAAAGAGAAAAUAAAGCAACGAAACAACCAUAACAACUUGGCUGUGCUGAACAUUUCGCCAUACAGCUCCCCAGUGGAUAACAUUAAGAUGCCCUCUGCAAUGAAUGCGAACGGGACAGUGCAGUCAGCCAGCCCAGAUGUGGGAUCCGCUCCAGGUUCAAUGGGCUUUAAUGCACUUGGUGGGCAGUCCGAAGUCCUGAAGCAGGUGCUUCUUGUUAUCGACAAGAAGGCCCGCAACAUGGAGAAGAAAAAGAGCAAACUGGAUGAUUAUCAAGUUCGGAAGGAUAAAGGCGAGAGUCUGAAUCAGGACCAGUUGGAGGCGCUCUCCAAAUACCAGGAAGUCAUGAAUAACUUGGAAUUUGCCCGAGAGUUGCAGAAGACCUUCGUUACUCUUGGGCAAGAUAUCCAGAAGGUGGCGAAGAAGUCCACCCGACGGCAACAACAGCAACGGGAGGAGGCAGAGCGGAGGAGGUUAAAGACUGUUCUGGAGCUGCAGUUCCUUCUGGAUAGACUGGGCGAGGAGUCGGUGCGGCAGGAUUUGAGGCAGGGAGUCGGAGGCUCGCCGCUGCUUACAGAUCUGGACCUGAUGGCUUUCGAUGACUUCUACAAGUUGGUGGGGCCAGACCGUGACCAAACUAUCAGGUUGGCUAACCAGUAUGAUCAGGCAUCUCUACACCUGUGGGACCUUCUGGAAGGCAGAGACAAGGCGGUGGUUGGAACAACAUACAAGGCACUGAAGGAGAGGUUGGACCAGCUUUUGCUGAGCGGUUACUUCGAUCAGGUUCAAACUCACCAAAAUGGACUAUGUGAGGAGCAGCAGCAGCAGGAGGAGGAAGUGGCGGAGAAAGAGGAGGAAGUGGAGGUUCCUGCAGCCGAGGCAACAGCAACUGAAUCAUCAGAGGUAGAAGAAGAGACCGUUGACGCAGAAACUCACGUGAUUGAAGAGUACGUAGAGCCCAUUGCCAUGGAAACAAAAGAGUUUGUAAACAGACAGUUCAUUCCAGAGGGCACAUACAGCGAAAGUGAAAAGGAGCAAGGGGAUGAGUGGACCACAGAAAUUGAGGUGGCGGCUGCCAUGCAGCAGCAACAACCCGUGCAGCAUGCCCCUCCCCCUAUUCCUCUGGAGACCCACCCGUUGAGCUUAGUGUCUCCUGUGCCGCCUACUGACCCCAUGGUCAGGAAGAAGGUGGUGCAGGACCUAAUGGCGCAGAUGCAGGGAACGUACAACUUCAUGCAGGAUUCCAUGUUGGAGUUUGACGGUCAGUCAAUUGACCCUGCCAUUGUGUCGGCCCAGCCUAUGAAACCUUCUCAAACCAUGGACCUGCCACAGAUGUGUCCUCCAGUUCAUCCAGACUCACGGCUAUCCCAACCCAACACUGUCCAAGAUGAGCCCACACAAGUACCCAUGGUCUCCCCAACACCACCACCCAUGUAUCAGACCUCCCACACGCCGGAUUCUCGACCAACAGAGCCUAUUGACCCCAUUCAGACGUCCAUGCCCUUGCCCUCAGAGCAUCCUCCUCCUCCUACGUCUCUUCCCCCUGCCUCCCAGACACAGGUUUUCCAGCCUGUCCCUAAAACUCCUCACAGUAGUGGCAUCAAUGUCAAUGCUGCACCAUUCCAGUCAAUGCAGACCGUAUUCAACCUCAAUGCGCCAGUACCGCCUGCUGAGACUGAGGCAUUGGGCCAGCCCAGCCAGUACCAGAACAGCUUCAAUCAGGCUUUCAGCAGUGAGCCGCAGCUUCCUGUGGAACCAUCAGAGAUACAGCCAGAACAACUGCAACCCGCAGUUCGUGCCUUUCAUUCCCAAGACCAAUCUGGAGGCCAUCAACCGCCAUCGCAGCAAGGCCCAGGCUUUGGCAGACAGACUCAGUCCUUCUACAACAGUCGGGGGAUAUCACGUGGUGGACCUCGUAACGCCAGGGGCAUGAUCAACGGCUACAGAGGCUCAGCAAAUGGCUUCAGAGGUAAUUACGAUGGUUACCGGCCGUCUUUUGCGAACACUCCCAAUUCUGGUUAUGGACAAACUCAGUUCAACACACCGCGUGAUUACCCAAAUGGGAAUUAUCAGAGGGAUGGUUACCAACACAACUACAAGCGCGGAGCUGGCCCGCUACCCAGAGGUCCAUCAAGAGGCAGCACUCAGGCAAUGAGAACCUGAAAGGCCUCUCCUAAUGACUUAACUGCACCACACUGACAAUUCCAAAAUUCAAGAAUACAUUUACCCCAGCUCACUCUGCUCUUUUCAGUAUGUUCAUCUGUGAAAUGUUUCCUGUCUCUCGAAUCAAAGUAGGUCAUGCUUUGAUAUCCAAAAUACAAAAUCAUCAAUCUGGACACAAGAAAAGCUGUGAAUUGAAUCAGAGAUUUACAGAGGCCAUGUGUUAACAAUAUUCCUGGAAACUUGAAAGAUUUCAUAAGUUAUUUUUUGUAUUAAAAUGCACCUGCCACUGCUGGUCCAAUCCAUGGGAGUUGAUUCCCAAUCUCAGUUAUAUUGUCAUUCUGGUUUUGGAAAAAAUACAUUUUUAUGUUCAACAAGCUCCCUUUCCUUGUUUGUAAAUUGAUGUCGCUUUAAAGGUUUCAAUAAAGUUGAGUUGCAUACCCAAAA